UCAACUUUUUUUAAAUCUCGGUAAAAAUGAGUCAAUUAUAUUUGAGCCCUGAACAUGUACUUCAGGGCGGAUAUUUCCACUCAACGUUGCGAAAACUCCAAGAGCCGAACACUAGCAUUGAGCCGCACAAUAUCAUGUAUCCUGUUUUUCUGUUAGAAAAUGAUGAUGCGAUACAGCCUGUGCCGAGCAUGCCAAAUGUAUACAGAUAUGGUGUCAACCAACUCAUUCCAGCCCUCACUGAGUUGAUGGACAAAGGACUCAAAUCAAUACUUAUCUUUGGCAUCAUUGAGACUUUAGCAAAGGACUCAACUGGCUCUAAUGCAGACUCACCGGGGAACCCAGUACUGAAGGCUCUGCCGAAACUAAGGGCUGCGUUCCCGCAACUGCUUUUAGCAUGUGACGUGUGCCUUUGCCCUUACACCUCUCAUGGGCAUUGCGGGCUGCUCUUAGAGAGUGGCGCGAUAGACCACGCAGCAUCUGUCAAAAGAAUUGCUGCAGUUGCUUUGGCUUAUGCUCAAGCAGGUGCUCAUAUAGUAGCUCCAUCUGACAUGAUGGACAAUAGAAUAAAAGCUAUUAAAGAUGCUUUAGUUGGGCAUAAAUUACAAAAUCAGGUGUCGGUACUGUCCUACUCGUGUAAAUUCGCGUCAUCACUGUACGGACCGUUCCGCGACACCAUGAAGAGCUCUCCAAUGGAGGGUGAUCGCAAGUGCUAUCAAUUACCACCAGGCAGCGCCGCACUUGCUGCUAGAGCUGCUGCAGAGAAUAAAGAUGACUUGUUGAUAUUUUAGGUGUCAGGUGAAUACGCGAUGAUUUCGCGCAGCGGCGACGCUGCAGACAUUCAGACGACCCUCAUGGAGAUGCUCACUUGCAUGAGGAGAGCGGCGCUGGUGUGUGUGCUCUCGGUGGUGUGCGCCGAUGAGAAGAAGGACAAGGAAAAGGACAUUGGCACUGUUAUAGGCAUUGAUUUGGGGACCACAUAUUCAUGUGUUGGUGUGUAUAAGAAUGGCCGUGUGGAGAUCAUUGCGAAUGACCAAGGUAACCGUAUCACCCCCUCAUAUGUGGCAUUUACUGCUGAUGGCGAACGUCUGAUUGGUGAUGCCGCUAAAAAUCAACUGACUACCAAUCCUGAAAACACAGUUUUCGACGCCAAACGUCUCAUUGGUCGUGAGUGGGGUGAUACUACAGUCCAACAUGAUGUAAAGUUCUUCCCCUUCAAAGUAGUUGAAAAGAACAGCAAACCUCACGUUGCUGUCUCGACUGCCCAGGGAGAGAAGAUCUUCGCCCCUGAAGAAAUCUCUGCCAUGGUUCUCACCAAAAUGAAGGAGACUGCUGAAGCCUACCUUGGAAAAAAGGUUACUCAUGCAGUUGUAACUGUUCCUGCAUACUUCAACGAUGCUCAACGUCAAGCUACCAAGGACGCCGGAGCUAUUGCGGGUCUGCAGGUUAUGAGAAUCAUCAAUGAACCUACUGCUGCUGCUAUCGCUUAUGGUCUCGACAAAAAGGACGGAGAGAAGAAUGUACUUGUCUUUGACUUGGGUGGUGGUACUUUCGACGUAUCUCUGCUCACUAUUGAUAAUGGAGUCUUUGAAGUGGUAGCCACCAAUGGUGACACCCAUUUGGGAGGUGAGGACUUCGAUCAGAGAGUCAUGGAGCACUUCAUCAAACUGUACAAAAAGAAGAAGGGCAAGGAUAUUAGGAAAGAUAACCGCGCUGUUCAGAAGCUGCGUCGUGAGGUCGAAAAAGCGAAGAGAGCUCUCUCCUCCAGCCACCAAGUCAAGAUUGAAAUUGAAUCAUUCUUUGAAGGUGAUGACUUCUCUGAAACUCUUACCAGAGCCAAGUUUGAAGAAUUGAACAUGGAUCUGUUCCGUUCCACUCUGAAGCCUGUACAAAAGGUAUUGGAAGAUGCUGACAUGAAUAAGAAAGAUGUUGACGAGAUUGUACUUGUCGGUGGUUCCACCCGUAUCCCCAAAGUUCAGCAACUGGUCAAGGAGUUCUUCAAUGGAAAGGAGCCAUCCCGAGGUAUCAACCCUGACGAGGCUGUCGCUUACGGUGCCGCCGUCCAGGCUGGAGUACUCAGUGGUGAACAGGAAACUGACGCUAUUGUGCUGCUCGACGUUAACCCUCUUACUUUGGGUAUCGAAACUGUCGGCGGUGUUAUGACUAAACUCAUACCCCGUAACACUGUUAUCCCUACAAAGAAAUCUCAGAUCUUCUCUACAGCAAGCGACAACCAACACACUGUCACUAUUCAAGUUUAUGAGGGUGAACGUCCAAUGACGAAAGAUAACCACUUGCUUGGAAAAUUCGAUCUCACUGGCAUUCCACCGGCGCCUCGAGGCAUUCCUCAAAUUGAAGUGACAUUUGAAAUUGAUGCAAACGGUAUCUUGCAAGUAUCAGCAGAGGACAAGGGCACUGGAAACAGGGAAAAGAUUGUCAUUACUAAUGAUCAGAAUAGAUUAACACCAGAAGAUAUUGAAAGGAUGAUCAAGGAUGCAGAGAAAUUCGCCGACGAUGACAAAAAACUAAAGGAAAGAGUGGAAUCAAGAAAUGAACUUGAAAGCUAUGCUUAUUCCAUCAAGAACCAGCUUCAGGACAAAGAGAAACUUGGCGCUAAGGUUGCCGACGACGACAAGUCGAAAAUGGAAGAAGCAAUUGAUGCUGCGAUCAAAUGGCUCGAAGACAACCAGGACGCCGAUUCUGAAGAGUACAAGAAACAAAAGAAACAACUUGAAGAUGUUGUACAGCCAAUUAUUGCUAAACUGUAUCAAGGACAAGGUGGCAUGCCACCACCAGGCGGUCCCGGCGGCGAGGAGGACGAUUUUAAAGAUGAACUGUAAAUUAACAGACUGUAAAUCGUGUGUUAGCCAAAUGUGAUCUCUGGUCACUACAGGUUGUGCUCAACGCGGACCCACCUUCGGAUUGAGCGUAAUCUGUAUAGCACGAAAAGUUAUAUGUUUGAAGUGUUGUGUAUAUUUAUUGUGCGAAUAUGAAUGGGAC